AGUGCGCCCGGGCUGGGGCCGCGGCCGAGGCCCCUGUGCUUUAGGAGCAUGGAGGGUCCCGUGCUGGCCCUGCUGGGGCUGUGCGUGGCGCUGGGCAGCGCUGGCACAUGGGUCACAGAGUUGGAGAACUUGGACCUCAUCCAGUUUACAGGCCUCUGGUACGAGAUCGCCUUCGCUGCCAAGAGGGGUGUGCACGGCGCCCACAGCAAGGUGGGGAAGACGGGCGGCGUGGCGUUUGAGCUGGAAUUGAACGGCCCGGUCCUGAUCAGGACGUUUUUCGAAGGGGGCCAGUGUAUGACGGAGAAGGACGGGGCUAUGCAGGUGGGCUACUCGGGGAGGUUUGUGAUCCCAAGACUGUCUGGGGACAAGGAGGUGCUCGUGAUGGACACGGACUACAGGACCUUCGCCAUCAUGGAUGUGUCAUCCAUAGAGGAUGUGACUCCGCAUAGGAUCUUGAAGCUGUACACCCGGACCCCGGACAGCAAUGAGUAUGCCCUGGGGAUGUUCCGGCAGCUGGCCCAGAAGAGCGGGCUCCGCAGCACGGACAUCCACCUACUGGAGCGAGACCUGACCUGCGUGAAGCUGCUGCAGCCUGCAAGUACACCAAGCCCCUGAAGCAGGAGGGGAUUUAGCGGAGCUUCUGCUGCCGGACGGUUGCCAAGACCCGCCCCUCCCCCUCCCCCUCCC